GUCCUCAAACGGGAGGUGGACGUCAGAAUAGUCGGGUUAGCGACUGAGUAACUGUUAGUGGUGGAUAAUUUAAAGCCAAUUUGAAAGUUCAUCCUUUCCCCCAAAGGCAAAAGCAGGCGUUCCUUUUCUUAAAAGAGAAUUUUAAACAGAAUUGCGUCUCUGGUGUCCUGCCUAAAGCCCGCAAAGAAAGAGGGUCACGGUUGGGGGUGGGGGUGAUGGGGAUACUGAACCCUCUUCUGGUUGCGCCUUGCCCGGCGCCCCAGGCUAGAGCCCUGGCGCUCCUGGCGCGCUCCCAACGCGAAUCGGUGACUCCGCAGGCCGCGCAGUGCGGAGGUGCCCGUCCCACCCUCCCCCUUGUGGGGUGCGGGGCUCCAUUCCCCGAGCCGCUGGGGUCGGCUUCUGGUCUUGAGAUGCGGAUGAAGUGGUGUGAAGGGUUGGGCUUUUUUUUUUGUUCCUAAAAAUGCAACGAACAAAAAAAAAAGUACAACAAUCCAAACCCAACCAUCUUAACUGCACGGCAGCUUAACUGGGAGACUUUCUUCCCGGGCGGCCCCACCCGGGACGGCGCCGCUUCAGUCGAGCCCACAGUCUGGGCGAAAGACGUCCACUUCCCGGAGCCUCUGUCCAGCCCCUGCGGGCGGGCGUCGGGGGCGCGCAGGACUCUGGAAGGGAGAAAAGCCCGCAGCCCGGCCCUCCCAGUCCCAGGCGGCCCGCGCGGGUGGACGGCGAAAGCCUGCGGCGGUUGGAGACGCCGGAAGGAUCGCGAUCUCACCACCCGGCUCCCUCAGCCAGGGAGAGGCGCGGCCGGGAAGGCGGGACGCAGGCGAAGCGGGACGGGGAGGCGGGGCCGAAGUAGCCUCUAGUUCGUUAGUCAAAACGUGAAAAAAAAGACCUGCUUUGCCCUGGGAAAUAGUAACCCUGCCAAAUACAUCAGCUUGUAGGAGACAGAGGAUGUGAUGGAGCUGCUUGAAGAAGAUCUCACGUGCCCUAUUUGUUGUAGUCUGUUUGAUGAUCCACGGGUUUUGCCUUGCUCCCACAACUUCUGCAAAAAAUGCUUAGAAGGUAUCUUAGAAGGGAAUGUGCGGAAUUCCUUGUGGAGACCAGCUCCAUUCAAGUGUCCUACAUGCCGUAAGGAAACUUCAGCUACUGGAAUUAAUAGCCUGCAGGUUAAUUACUCCCUGAAGGGUAUUGUGGAAAAGUAUAACAAGAUCAAGAUCUCUCCCAAAAUGCCAGUAUGCAAAGGACACUUGGGGCAGCCUCUCAACAUUUUCUGCCUGACUGAUAUGCAGCUGAUUUGUGGGAUCUGUGCUACUCGUGGGGAGCACACCAAACAUGUCUUCUGUUCUAUUGAAGAUGCCUAUGCUCAGGAAAGGGAUGCCUUUGAGUCCCUCUUCCAGAGCUUUGAGACCUGGCGUCGGGGAGAUGCUCUUUCUCGCUUGGAUACCUUGGAAACUAGUAAGAGGAAAUCCCUACAGUUACUGACUAAAGAUUCAGAUAAAGUGAAGGAAUUUUUUGAGAAGUUACAACACACACUGGAUCAAAAGAAGAAUGAAAUUCUGUCUGACUUUGAGACCAUGAAACUUGCUGUUAUGCAAGCAUAUGACCCAGAGAUCAACAAACUCAACACCAUUUUGCAGGAGCAACGGAUGGCCUUUAACAUUGCUGAGGCUUUCAAAGAUGUGUCAGAACCCAUUGUAUUUCUGCAACAGAUGCAGGAGUUUAGAGAGAAAAUCAAAGUAAUCAAGGAAACUCCUUUACCUCCCUCUAAUUUGCCUGCAAGCCCUUUAAUGAAGAACUUUGAUACCAGUCAGUGGGAAGACAUAAAACUAGUCGAUGUGGAUAAACUUUCUUUGCCUCAAGACACUGGCACAUUCAUUAGCAAGAUUCCCUGGAGCUCUUAUAAAUUAUUUUUGCUAGUCCUUCUGCUUGGCCUUGUCAUUGUCUUUGGUCCUACCAUGUUCCUAGAAUGGUCAUUAUUUGAUAACCUGGCAACUUGGAAAGACUGUCUUUCAAACUUCAGUUCCUAUCUGACUAAAUCAGCCGAUUUCAUAGAACAAUCAGUUUUUUACUGGGAACAGGUGACAGAUGGGUUUUUCAUUUUCAAUGAAAGAUUCAAGAAUUUUACUUUGGUGGUACUGAACAAUGUGGCAGAAUUUGUGUGCAAAUAUAAACUAUUAUAAAAUCUGUUUCAAGUA